AUGGCCUUGCGCAAUCGUGCACGCCGCCAACACCAGGACUGGUUCGACGACAACGAAGCUGCAUUCAGCAAUUUGCUCGCCGAGAAGAAACGCCUACAUAAGGCAUACGUAGAUCACACCACUGACGACAACAAAGCUGCUUUCUACCGCAGUCGUCGUCACCUGAAGCAACGACUGCGCGAGAUGCAGGACGCCUUGACUGCUAGCAAAGCUGAGGAGAUCCUAGAGUACGCGGACCGCAACGAAUGGAAGAACUUCUUCUCCGCGAUCAAAGCUGUCUACGGUCCGCCGAUGAAGGACACUGCUCCUCUCCUCAGCUCCGACAAUAUUAUCCUCCUGACUGAGAAGACAGAAAUUCUACAGCGAUGGGCCGAACAUUUCCGAGGCGUCCUCAACCGCCCCUCCACCAUCUCCGACGCCGCCAUAGACCGUUUACCACAAGUGGAGACCAACAUGGACCUCGACCUUCCGCCAUCUCUCCAGGAAACCAUCAUGGCCGUGCGGCAGCUCUCCAACGGGAAAGCACCCGGAUCGGACGCAAUCCCUGCUGAGGUCUACCAGAACGGAGGUCCCCAACUCAUGGAUCACCUGACUGCGCUCUUCCAGGAGAUGUUGAGUCAAGGCGAAGUCCCACAAGACUUCAAUUACGCAACCCUCCCGCAUCUCUAA